AGCUAAGCUACUUCAAGAAAAUCACUAUACUCUUGUGAAAAUGACAACGGAUACAUUGACAAACUCUCUGGGCAAACCAGGAAAAUUUCAAGUCUUACUCUACCUAUAUAUCUCUGGCAACGUCAUUCUUGGAUGCUGGAAUCAUGUUGGAAUGGCAUUUAUAGGAGCGAAAACUAAACACCAUUGCACAGUAGCAAACAGUACAAAUGUUAGCCGACUUGUACCAUUGAUAACAAAGAAUGGAAAGCCAGAAUGGGAUGGAUGUCAUCUGUUUGAUGGUUAUAAUACUUCAGAAAAGAUACCAUGUCCAAAUGGUUGGACUUAUAAUCUGCCUGAGGGAGAAACGACAAUAAUAUCUGAAGUAAGGACUUAAUUCUUAUACUUUUUCCAGCAGUUUACCGGCACACUGAACCGUGGAUGUUUAUUGUAAAAUAUACUACACUCUAAAAACACUUUGGUUAAAAGUUUCUGAUUAACCUAGAAAUUACACUAUAUAUAUAGGUUGACUUAAUAUUUCUGGGGUUUUAUCUUACUUCCUGCCAUAAUCCGGUUAAUGAACCAGGAAUCCGGUUAUAUUUGUCCAGGAUGCCCUUGCCAAAAUAAUCAGACUGUGGCUGGGUGGAUAAACUCACCACAAUUGCAUUGAGGGGCAAUUUCAUUUUUCCCUCACCUUGUGCCCUGAAAGCUAUAUUAAGUACAUUUCUGUAUGUCGGCGGAGUUAAAAUAUCUUGCAGGCUCUUGCCGACAUGUUUUUCUUCGAAUUUUGUAUUAAACUCUAUUACAAUUUAAAAAUAUGAAAUUUCAGAUACAUUUCUAAUACAAAUGACUUAUAUGUCAAUAGAAAGCUUACAAAAAAACUAGAUAUAAGACAUUUAAAUGGUUAGCUGGGAUUUUCAAGUGAUUUUCGAGUUAUUGCUGUUCCAAAUGUGAAAAAUAAGACAAAAUCUCGCAAAAAUCCUGGGUACUAGUCUGAAAACACGCUUCCAACAGCUCAUAACUCACACAAGAAGAACUUGAAAAACCCUGGUAACCGUUUAAAUGUCGUAUCUAGUAUAGUUUUUUGCAAGCUUUCAAAUUAUGUAAAUCAUUUUUAGUAGAAAUUUCACAUUUUUUAACUGUAAUAGAGUAAUACAAAAUUCGACGAAAAACGUGUCGGCAAAAUGGAAUUGCCCCUCGAAAUGGUAAGUUUUUCAUAAUUUCAGUAAUUUUGUUCCUCUGUCUGCCUGACUAACAGGAGUCCCUGGUUAUUUAUCCACCUGACAUUGUUUGGUUAAUUUAACUACGAGUCCUUUGUAGGAAAAGGGUUAAAAUAACCAGUACAUUUAACCAGAAAUAUUAAGUUAAUUCAAAUAGGGUUAUAUUUCUAGGUUAACAGAUUGUUUAUAAAGUGUACCUAUCUUGGAGCCCCACGUCAGUUGAAAAUGACGUCCGGUCCUGUCUUUAAAUAAUAGUACUCCAUUUUUCUUCUAUUUAGUGGGAUCUUGUCUGUGAAAAUGCUUACAAAGUCAACCUGGCUACCACCAUGUAUUUUGUCGGAGUAAUGCUGGGGACUCUGGUGUUCGGAACAUUAUCAGAUAAGUUUGGAAGAAGACCUGUGUUUCUGUUUACAAUGUUCUGUCCAUUUGUUCUUGGCUUGUUUUUGUUCUUUAUAAAGAACUACAUCGCCUUUGUUGUCCUGCGAUUCUUUCUUGGAUUCGUUAUUCUGGUUAGUUAAAGUUCCCAGCCGAUACUGAUAUACGAUUUAUGUGCUACAUAGACAUGAAUCGUACGGUCAGGAAGAGUCAAAUUCAAGGACUUUCAAGGCCAUGUAUCAAUUACUAUAAACGGCUAAAAAGAAAGCUUUAGAAAUCGGUUAAAGGCGACGUUCAACUUCUAUUAAUCAAUUUCAACAGCAAUGUAAGACAUGAACAAAAUCAAUUCAACAAAAUGUUCGUUUUUAUGUCAAACAUGCAAAUUUCACAAAAUGUCCAAAAAACUAAGGCGAGAAGAAUUCAAGGCCUUUCACAAGGCCUUGAAUUUUUGCUUCCAAAUUGAAGGACGUUCAAAUUUUGAAUGAAUCCUGGCGACGGGGCUGCCCCUGAGAAGGAUAUAUCGUUUAGACCAACUUGGGCAAAGAAAGGAUGGGUUCGUCUGGCAAUUGAAUUCAUCGGUGUGUAAACGUGGCAACUGCCCAGUUCCUCUGCGUAGUACAUACAAACACAGCAGGGCAGCUGGAAAAAAUCGGGUCCAAGAAAGUGUACACGAGAUCUCUGGAAUUUCGACUGGUGUCAUAAUAAUAGCUUACAUAAUUAAUGUAUGAUAAUACGAAUUAAACACGAGCUCACAACUUCUCUAUUUGUAAAAUAUUGCUAGUAUAUGGUACGCCAAAUUAAGAGAAAAUUAUGUUGAAGUUCAGAAGUUCUGCUUACAUUGCUGUGAAUAUACGCAGUCAAUUUUAAAGCAUCAUUGAUAAGUGAAUUAAUUGUAGUUUAAAGAUGAAGAGCAGAGCUCAGCAAAUAACUUUAAAACCAAACAUUAGAAAAGUAAAAAAAUUGUUAGCUAACGUUUCGUUGUUCCCAAUACAACAUCUUCAGAGCAAUCUAAAUGAAUUUACAGGGUAUGGUAUAUAUAUAUAUAUAUAUAUAUUUACAAAAUAAUGGUUUAAUAUUACAAAUUAAUUUUUUUCUUUUAUUAUAUAUGUUUGGUUUUAAAGUUAUUUGCUGGUCUGUGCUCUUUAUCUUUAAACUAAGAUUUCCGCCUGCAUGGUGUAUCAAUUGACAUAAUUGUAUUUAAUUUAAAAAUUUAACUAUAACUGUAUAAACUAGAAAAUAAAGCUAAAACAAAGCAAUUUUGAGAGAUACAUCAAGAAGAUUUUAGUUUCUGAACCUGUCCAGUCCUUAGAACGAAUUGCCUCUUAAUCAAUUAAUCGAUGCAGGAUUUAUUCUCCAUCCUUCCAGGGUCUGCAAAUGGCAAGUUUCACAAUUGUGAUAGAAAUAUUUGCGACCCAGUACAGAACAUUCGCUGGCAUUGGUUUUGGGUAUCCUUGGGCCAUUGGAAUCAUGGCAUUUUCACUGUUCUCGUACUUAAUCAAAGAUUGGCAUUACAUUCAGCUGAUGUCCACGACAAUUGGUCUGUUUCAAAUUGGACUUGUUUGGUAAGUGCUAGUGUCACAGAAUAAAAAAAAUUCUGCCAUAAUUCAAGUAUGUGGAUAAACAAGGCAAGAACAGAAAUGCAAACGCGAAAGGCUGUCGCAUCAAAUUAUCUAUAAUUCGUUCACUAUACGGAGUACUCGAUUCAAAUGUAAAUUUCGAAACAUGUAUAAUAGAGCAAAACGUUCAGGUGUAAAAUUCGUUUUAAAACGAAGCCAUUCCGCUUCCAAUGGUGGGUUCCUUUUCAAUCUUAAUCUAUUGGUUCGCGAAUAAUAUUAUUUUACGUGACUGCGAUUGGAGAAUUAAAAAUUUGAUUAACAAAUCGAUACUUCGCAAUGUUUCGACAGUUCUCCAGAACAACUACCUCUAGUGAUUAUGAACUUGGUUAACGGUUGCACCUGAAGCCAUAAACAAGGCUCAAUGAAAAACCCUCCCCACUAAUUUUACCAGAUCUAGCUGGAUCCAUCACUUAGGCCCCGCCCCGUAAAGAAUGGAAAUAUUUCCUUGACAAAUUUUAUUUGCUCGUGUGUACGGCAAAACAAUGACAAUUUUCCCAUGCCAAGGAGCCUUAUUCCAAAGCUAGUGAUAUCAUAAUGGCUUUGGCAGACAAAAGGCGGCCUGGACGUGAGAUAAUUGUUUAACAACAUUCCGUGCACACCAACAACAAAACUUGUGCAAGGGAAACUUAUCAGAAAAACUUGUUUACCGAUACACGAGAGAGUAGAACUCGCUCUCUGUAGAAAGCUUUACCUAUUUUCUGUUAAUUUUUUUUAUUUCAACACCCAUUCGCCGGGUAUAACCCAUAGAGAUACCUGCGGAGGAGGCUAAAUCUGUAUUUAAAUGAUUUUUUCUCCUGUAGGUGCUUCCCCGAAUCCAUUCGUUGGCUUCUGAUCAAUAAUCGUGUUGACCAGGCAGAGACAGUCGUCAGAAACAUCAGUACUUUCAACAAGAUUCCUUUCCCGCAAGAGAUAUUUGAUAAAACGGUUAAUGAAAUUAAUGUUCAGAAGACGGAGGUGAAUAGGUCUGAUAUCAAGAGUUAUACAAUUGUUGAUAUUUUUAGAUCAAGUGUGUUGAGGAAACGAUCUUUGAUUAUGAUGGUUAUUUGGUAAGUAUACUGACUGGCACUGUAUAGGUCAGGUAUAGAUCUGGGUAAAGUUAAACUCCCGAUUAAGAUUUAUCAGCGAAACCAAGACAUUCCUCUAAGUUGAGAUAAAGAAACUGUAACUGAGAUUAAAAAAAAGUCCUGAUUAAUUAAUAUGAGAUCAAGAAAUUGUGACUGAGAUCAAGAAACUCGUGAUAUCAAGAAAGGUGAUAUCAAAAAAGUCCAACUAAGAUCGAGAAACUCCAACUGGGAUCAAUACACACCUCAUGACCAAGAAACUCCUGAUUAAGGUGAAAUCAAGAAACUCCUGAUCAGGUCGAGAUCAAGAAACUCCAACUGAGAUCACGAAACUUCACCUGAGAUAAAGAAACUCCAACUGAGAUCAAGAAACUCCUGAUCAGGUCGAGAUCAAGAAACUCCAAAUGAAAUAAAGAAACUCCAAUUAAGAUCAAGGACUUCAACCGAGAUCAAGAAACUCGUGAUUAAGGUGAUAUCAUGAAGAAUCAUCAACUGAGACCAAGAAACUCCAACAUGUUCAGAACACUGCAGCUAGAAUAGUAACAAGGACCAGCAAAAGAGACCAUAUUAAUCGUUGGUACAUGGAAGAUUGUUGUUAUGCCGCAUUUAAGAGCUUCCUCGCGUACAGAUUGCAUGCUUACAUUCAGUAUUGGUUCAAACAAGUUUUUUUCGUUUGUACUCUCGUAAAAUACAGUUAAAUCGCAGUCCGAAACUUCUAAGCGUUUAUUAAAACACAAAAACAACAUUUCGAUGCUAGUUUGGGUUUCUUUUAAGCUUAUUUGUUUAGUCUUUGAAUAUAAAAUCCGUUGGUUUUACUCUAACAAACAUCGCAGAUAUUAAUUCUACAGCAUUAACACUGGAUCAAUAAGUCAUUUCUCGAUCUCUAGGGAAAAUGUUUAGAACUGACAGAGCUACCCAGCAUGAAUUUAGUGACCGCUGUAUAUCCACUAUACACACAUAACCAUUUCGUAACCUUUCAGGUUUUCGACAUCUAUGGGUUACUAUGGACUGACAUUGAACAUCGCAAGUCUUGCCGGAAAUAAAUACUUAAACUUCUUCAUCAGUGGAGCAUUGGAAAUUAUCAUCAUUACUGCAACCAUGUUUGUCCUAAACAGGUGUAUUGAGUGGUAUAUUGAAGAAUACAGUCAAGCAUCUCCGUACAGAAACCUCAUUAAUACGGUGUCCUCUCUAAUACAAACACCUCUCUAAUACAAGCACCUCCCUAAUACAGACACGUCUCUAAUACAAACACCUCUCUAAUACAGGAACCUUUCUAAUACGGGCUCCUCUCUAAUACAGAAACCUCUAAAUACGGACACCUCUGUAAUAUGAACACCUUUCUAAUACGGACACAUCUCUUAAACGGAAACCUCACUAAUACGGACUCCUCUCUAAUACAGAAACCCCUCUAACACACACACAACUUUCUAAUACGCGGACAUCUCUCUAAUACCGACACUUCUCUGUCUUCUCUAAUACGAACACCUUUAAUAAAAACACCUCUCUGUUACGGACACCUCUCUAUUACGGGAAGUUUCCAAUAUCUCUAUAUAUUCUCUGGAUAUACUACAACGGCAACAUUCUGGACUUAAAUUAAUUUCCGCCUGUAAAAUUACUUCUUGCACUAAAGACACAAGUGAGUACUUGUUAGAAAGAAAAAGCUUCGAAACAAGACCAAAUUCACUUCAUAAGAAUUAAUAUAGUUUUUAAAUUAUUAAGCAUAAAAGAUGGUUUCCUUUUACAUGCAGCCUGUAUGGCUGACUGUUUGUGAAGCAUGGAAAGUAAUGGUUUAUUAUAUUUCAUCUAGGUUUGGACGACGCAGGCCAUUGUGUGUUUAUUAUUUUAUCGGUGGAACGGCUCUUAUUAUUGCAGGAGCAUUGCCAAAGUCGAACAGUAAGAUAUUUGAUGUUACCUUGACUUAUUCACAGAUGACUGUUUAUAGUUUAUUUCGUCUUUACACCAGCUUUAGUUCCAGACUGCCAUUUCCAACAUCAGUGCUUACUAUGUAG